AUGGACGUGCUAAAGAAGAUCGGGGGCUGGUUUGCUCCUCCGCCGAACAAAGCAGAAGACGGCCGUGAUGCCUGGCCAUCCAGAGCAUCCUUCCUCCUGGCCUCAAUGGGUGGCUGUGCCGGAAUGGGGAACCUGCUCCGGUAUCCGUCCCAGGUGUACAACAACCACGGCCUUCAGUGGUAUAUCCCGUACCUGAUGGCUGUAUUUAUUGUUGCCAUUCCGGUAUUGGUCCUUGAGAUCGCCAUUGGGCAGGCCUAUCGCGGCGGUAGUGUCGUGGCAUACAACAACCUUAAUCAGAGGUUGAAAGGCACUGGUCUGUCUCUGCUUUAUGUCGGAUUCGUCGUCACCCCGUAUUUCGUCGUCAACUUGGCGUGGAUUAUGAGCUAUUUCCGGCACUCCUUUACCAGUCCGUUGCCGUGGACCGGUCGCGGUGAGGAGUUCUUCAACCAGGAUGUCGUUGCCAACGUUGAUCCGAUUGAGGGUAGCCUCACAGCAGACGGCACCGGCGUCCUCAAUUACACUCAGUAUCCCGGGAUCGCCCUUAUUGGAGAAACAACCGGAUGGGCAGCCUUCACCUUCUUUCUGAUGUGGGUUUCCAUCUUCCGCGGCGUUGGUUUGACGGGCCGCGUCGUCUACUUCACCAUGGGUCUCCCCAUCGUGGUAACCAUUAUCCUCAUCGGCCGCUCCGUGUCUCUUGAGAACGCCGGCGAAGGUGUUAAGCUCUACUUCGCCACAUGGAGAGGAAGUGAGCUGGCAAAAGGAACUGUUUGGCAGACAGCUUGCGGUCAAGUCUUCUUCAGCACUGGAGUUGGUUUCGGCUACUUCACGUCGUACGCCUCCUACAACCGCCAGUACUCAAACGCAGUGAUGGAUUCCAUCUUGAUCGUCUGCAGUAACGUUCUCUUUGAGAAUGUCGCCGCUUUCGCCGUAUUUGGAGUUGUAGGGUACUUGGGCAUGCGGCCAGACCCUGAGAACCCCAUCGGAGGCUUCACGGUCGGAUUCUUGACCCUCCCCCUUGCUGUUGCCGAGAUGCCCGGCGCCAACUUUUGGGCAGUGGCUCUGUUCUUCACUCUCAUGGUCCUUGGAUACAGCUCUGCCUUUGCCAUGCUCGAUGCCAUCGUGACCUUAGUAAUGGACACAGGCAUCAAGUUUUCUCGUCCCAUCGUCGUCACAGCCCUCACUAUCGUAUCGUUUCUUCUUGCGCUGCCGUAUUGCACCGAGUUCGGAUACUAUCUUUUGACUAGCAUCGAUCGCUGGGUCAACGAUGUCGCUUUGGUGUUCGUCGUCUUCGCCGAAUGCAUCACUUCCACAAGUGUCUAUCGCUUUAAGGACGUUAUCGGACAAGUGGGAAAGCCGGCCUUUAUCAUCUACAAUACGUGCUACAUCUUGGCGAUGGUUCUAGGUGUAGCCGUUGCUCAUGCUGUUCAAGCCGGGGCUGGGGCGGGUGUUGGUUUAGGGCUCUUCUUUGCUGGAUGCAUUGUAUCUGUCCUCGUUGCCAAGACCCCUGACGCCACUCCGCCCAAGUUUUGGGGCAGCAAUGCCUUUAUUAGCCGAUUUUGGUACCUCGCAUUCUACUCCGGUAACCAGCUUCGACGGGACCUGAAUGUUGUCAUUGGCAGUGGCAAGAACUGGAACAUACCGAUAUUUUGGCCUGUUCUCCUGCGUUACGUCUCAGGCCCUAUCUUGAGCAUUGUUUACGGCUUCUCAUACCCGGCAUUCUAUCAAGUCCGCUACGACCCUUUGCACAUCCUUGGCUUCGCAGUAAGUCAUGUCGCCCUGGUUAUGAUCUUUGCCGGUUUCAUGGUUCCGCGAUGGUUUAAUGUCUUUAUUCCGGCUCAUCGGAGACACGAGGGCAAAAUCCACUAUGCCCCUCUGGUAAUCAUUGGUGCGGACGAGGCCCAGGCUAUUGCAGCCGACAACAUGGAGCAGGGGCACACGCCUUCUCACUCGGAUGAGGGUGUAGGCCGCAAGGAGCCGCCUACUCACGACGGCCUGAUCAUGGAAGAUGAGAAAAAAGCCAACAUAUGA